ACCCAUGCAAGGAACAAAAAAAAAAACUUUUGUUUCUUCUCCCUUCUUUCUCUUCUCUUAUUUCAUCGAACAAUAUGAAUAGCUUAGCCUUAAACUCUUCGAACUCCGAUAUGUCUUGGACAGAAACGACGACGUUUAGCAACAAAUAUGUUCUCACGACGCUCCAAGCCGUUGUCGUGAUAGUUCUGAUGAUGCUAUUCAAGAGACUGAUGAUGAAAUCUCCAAAGGAUGGAUCGAAGAAACUGCCGCUGCCACCGGGAUUCGCCGGAUGGCCGGUCGUCGGUAUGGUUCCGGCGAUGCUAAACAACCGUCCGGUUUUCCGGUGGCUUCACAGCCUCAUGAAGCGGCUCAACACAGAGAUCGCAUGCGUUCGGCUCGGCAACACUCACGUGAUCCCCGUCACGUGCCCUCAGAUCGCUCGCGAGAUGUUCAAGCAACAGGACGCUAUCUUCGCGUCGAGACCCCUCUCUUACGCUCAGAAGGUUCUCUCUAACGGCUACAAGACUUGCGUCAUUACACCGUUCGGGGAACAGUUCAAGAAAAUGAGGAGAGUGGUUAUGACGGAAAUCGUUUGUCCCGCGAGACACAGGUGGCUUCACGACAAGAGAGCCGAGGAAACCGACCACUUGACGGCUUGGCUCUACAACAUGGUCAAGAGCUCGAGCACUGUCGAUUUCCGCGAUGUGAGCAGGCACUACUGUGGUAACGUUAUCAAGAAGCUUUUCUUCGGGACGAGGACAUUCGGGUCGGGGAAAACGGCGGCGGACGGUGGACCAACGGCCGAGGACAUCGAGCACAUGGAGGCCAUGUUUGAUGGGCUUGGUUUUACGUUCGCGUUCUGCAUAUCGGAUUUCCUUCCGUGGCUCACCGGCCUCGAUCUGAACGGUCACGAGAAGAUCAUGAGAAGGGCGAGUGCUGUUAUGGACAAAUACCAUGACCCUAUCGUGGAUGAGAGGAUUAAGAUGUGGAGAGAAGGGAAGAGAACUCAAGUUGAAGACUUUCUUGACGUUUUCAUCUCCUUGAAGAAUGAAGAUGGGAACCCUUUGUUGACUCCCGACGAAAUCAAACCCACACUCAAGGAACUGGUGAUGGCGGCGCCGGAUAACCCGUCGAACGCCGUGGAAUGGACGAUGGCAGAGAUGGUGAACAACCCGGAGAUCCUCCGAAAGGCCAUGGAAGAGAUCGACAGGGUCGUCGGAAAGGACAGGCUCGUGCAAGAAUCCGACAUCCCUAAACUCAACUACGUCAAAGCCUGUCUCCGUGAAGCAUUCCGUCUCCACCCGGUUGCGGCCUUCAACCUCCCACACGUCGCGCUCUGCGACACGACCGUCGCUGGCUACCACAUCCCCAAGGGAAGCCAGGUGCUGCUCAGCCGGUACGGCCUCGGACGCAACCCCAAAGUUUGGUCCGACCCACUUAGCUUCAAGCCCGAGAGACACCUCAACGAGUGCUCCGAGGUCACGUUGAUCGAGAACGACCUCAGGUUCAUCUCCUUCAGCACCGGUCGAAGAGGCUGCGCUGCUCCGGCUCUAGGCACGGCCAUUACCACCAUGAUGCUGGCGAGGAUUCUUCAGGGGUUCACGUGGAAGUUGCCGGAGGGGGAGAGACGGGUCGAGCUCGUGGAGUCGAGCCAUGACUUGUUCUUGGCUAAGCCUUUGGUCAUGGUUGGUGAGCCGAGGUUGGCCGACCAUCUUUACCCGACGGUGAACUGAGUCGGCGAGGAUGUGUAUAUACCAAUAAUUUUAUUUUGUGUUAAUGUUAUUAUGACCCAAGGUUUUGGUCCUCUUAUGGGACAAAAUCAUGUUAUGUUUGGAGAUACUUGGUUUGUGUCUCCUUAUAUAUAUAUUUUUUGUUUUAAUAAAUUUUGGUCUUUCUCCA